AGCUAAAUGGUAUUGUUCUUUCUUUUUUGUUUCAUUCAUUGUUUAAUGUAACAAAAUAAACUGUAAAUAUAAUUUAAAUACAUAUGCAUCAGGUUCAAAAACAACACCGAAGUGUCAACGCGUGUUAGAAAAAUCAUUGAAGAGUGUUUUCAGGGACCUUGGUAUAGCUGGAAAAAAGUGCCGCAAUUUUAUAGAGAUGCAUGAUUUACAACGUUUAAGGUGUGUGUUAGUUAUAUGUAAACUAUUUUUGUGAAAUUAUUUUUUAUUUAAUACAUGUCUGACAUAGAUAUAUUUUAGACAAGGUUUGAGUGGGAUGCCUCGAUUGAGCAUCUAGUUAAAGCCAACUUUGAUGCCCUUGCUGCUGCUCGCCUCAAAGGAAUGGUUAGUCUUGCAAAGUCCAAAGGAAAACAACCUGAAUGGAUUCUGGCUGAAUAUUGGAGAGUAAUGGUAGCUUAUUGGAAGACUCCAAAAGCCAAAGAAAAAAGUGAAAAAGCUCGUUCUUCACGACUAAAUAGUCGUGAUGGUUUAGGUCCACAUUGUCACAGAGCGGGUUCACGUUCGUAUGCUAAAGUUCAAGAUGUCUUGGUAAUAUAUUUUAUUUUUAAUUUUGGUAACAAUUAUGUUUUAUUUAAAAACGUUUCAUAAGAGUUAUUUACUUUUUUUUUGUUUUGUUCUCAGGAAGCGAAUAAUGAAGACUCUUCCUUCAUUGCUGUGAUGAGAGCAACACACCAAAAAUCUGAUGGAACAUAUGUUGAUGAAAGAGCAAGACUAAUUGCUGAACAAUAUAUGAUGAAUGUCUUCUUGAACGCUUGACACAAGCGGAUUCCUCCAAUGGAGAGGUUUUGACAAUGGAUUCCCUUAGCAUAGAAGAGAAAAAUGAAAUCUAUGUCAAGAUUGCUGGAAUAUCAAAACAAGGUCGUGUAUUUGGACUUGGAUCACUUCAAAGUGGGGUUUCCAUGUCAGAUGGUUCCCUAGUUCCCCCUCAAGCUACUGAAGAAGUGGGAGCAUUAACUCUCCGAGUGAAAGAACUAGAAGCUGAACUGCAAAAGAGUCGUGAAGCUAAUGUGCUUGUUCGACUCGAAGCUGUGGAGCAAUUAAUUCAAACUCUUGCACGUCAGAAUGGGUUAGAUGCAUCAGCUCCACCUCCUCCACCUGUAGGAAGUUCUUCUUCUCCACAAGCUCCCAUGGGGUUUUCUCCAUUUUCUCGUGCUACGUAAUAUGGCUUGACUUUGGUUUCUAUUUGGUUUUACUUUAAUUUGUUUUAUUUGCUUCUGUUUGCUUUCAUUUUAGACCAUGUAAUAUGGCUUGACUUUGGUUUUUAUUUGGUUUUACUUUGAUUUGGUUUAUUUACUUCACUUUGCUUUCAUUUUAGACCAUAUCACGUUUGUUUCUUUUUAGACAAUUUUAAAUUAGAUGUUGCUUUCGUAAUUUAUUUUCAGUUUAUUUAUUAAUCUAAUUUUUUUUAAUCAACUAUAUAUGAAAAUUUAUAGGAGAAAAAAUCACAGAUUCUGAAAAUAAUUUAGUAAAGAUAGUGACUAAUAUAAGUGUCAAAUAGUUUCUUAAUUAUGAAAGAUUAUGAUUGAUUUGUGGUAAUAAAAUGUGACGAAGUUGGGACGGUUAAAUAGUUGGAAAUGAGAACCGAUUGAUAACGUCUUUUUAGUUAUAACUAGAGACAGUCUUGGAACGGUAUGAUUGUCACAAAGUAUUACAUUUUGGUGACGAUGAUUUACUCGGAACUUUUGACGAUUUAGUGACUAUAGUUCCGUUGUAAGAAAUGACAUAAUUGUGACGCUUUUUAAGUCAUCAUUAGUAACGAUUUAGUAACUAUAUUUCCGUUUUCAUAUGUGACAAAAAUGUGACGUUUUGAUAGUCACGACAUAU